AUGGGAAUCAAGCAGCUCUUCUCCAUCAUCAAGGAAGAAUGUCCAGAUGCCUACAAGGAGGGUGAAAUCAAGAAUCAAUUUGGUAGAAAAGUAGCCAUUGUACGUUCUCUCCUUCCCCACGCCAUGAACAAGUAUCUAACGUGUACAUCUAGGAUGCGUACGAAUCCCCCGAUAUCUUCCCUCCAAUCAUCCAAACUAAUAACCCCCAGCUCCAUGUCCAUCUACUCUUUCCUCAUCGCAGUCCGGUCCGGCGGCGAAAUGCUCACAAAUGAAGACGGUGAAACAACCUCCCAUCUAAUGGGCAUGUUCUACCGCACCCUCCGCAUCAUUGACAACGGCAUCAAACCCGUCUACGUCUUCGAUGGCGCCCCCCCAAAACUAAAGUCGGGCGAACUAGCCAAGCGUUUCCAGCGCAAAGCAACAGCUACGGAAGGUUUAGAAGAGGCGAAGGAGACUGGAACUGCUGAGGAUGUUGAGAAGUUUUCUAGACGCACGGUUAGGGUUACGAGGGAGCAUAAUGCCGAGUGUCAGCGCCUGUUGAAGUUGAUGGGCAUUCCGUAUAUAAUUGCGCCGACUGAGGCAGAGGCUCAGUGUGCGGUGCUGGCGAGGGCUGGGAAGGUGUAUGCGGCUGCGAGUGAGGAUAUGGAUACCCUGUGUUUCGACUCUCCAGUCCUGUUGCGCCAUCUUACUUUCAGUGAGCAGCGAAAGGAACCUAUUCAGGAGAUAUUCUUGGACAAGGUUUUAGCCGGUCUGGGUAUGGAACGCAAGCAGUUCGUCGACCUCUGUAUCCUCCUUGGCUGUGAUUAUCUUGACCCCGUUCCAAAAGUCGGUCCCCAAACCGCCCUCAGACUCAUCCGCGAACACAAAACCCUCGAAGCUUUUGUUGACUAUGCGAAAAACGACAAGAAAUCCAAAUUCGUCAUCCCCGAAGACUGGCCAUACGCCGAUGCCCGCGAACUCUUCUUCAACCCCGAUGUCCGUCCGGCGGAGCACGAAGACUGUGAAUUCAAAUGGGAAGCCCCUGAUAUUGACGGCCUGAUCCAAUUUCUCGUCACGGAGAAAGGAUUCAGUGAGGAUAGAGUUCGCAGUGGUGCAGCGCGGUUACAGAAGAAUUUAAAGAGUAAUCAACAGGCGAGACUAGAGGGAUUCUUCAAGCCAAUUCCAAAGACAGAGGCAGAGAUUAAGAGCUUGAAGAGGAAGAAUGAUGAGAAGGUUGAACUGAAGAAGAAGAAGGUGAAGGAGGAGAAGAAGGAAAAGGCCAAGGCUAAAUCUAAGCCGAGGGGUACUGCAUGA